CUGCUUGCAGAUUCUGGAGAUACGCUCAGCCUUUGAGCAACUCGCUUCUUGUGUCUGUAUGAAUUUAGAGAGAGAGAGAGGAGAUUGGUGAUAAGGGUCUGACUCAGGAUAAAUGAACAGAAGAGUAAUUUCUAAUCAACAACACUGUAUUGCCAAUGGUAUUUGCUUUUAAUUUGCUGGCAUAAGCGCAGUGCAGGCCCCUGAGGGAGACGGGAUGCUUCAGACCCAAAACUAGGAAGCACAGCGAGUGUCAGCAUGAAAUUCCUGCCCAUCUGAGUGCUGAUUUUGGAACCUGAGAGCAAGACUGUGUGAAAGACCUUCAGCUGCCCUUCUUCACUACAAACCUCAGCUCCCUGUGCAGCUACUGAACCUCUCCUCUCAGUAAUGAGAAGGAUGUGAAGACCCUGGCAGCAGGGCCAGUUGCUUUGGAUGAGAAGCGGCUUUGGAGCACUGAUGGGCUGGAUUCUUUGAGGAAGCUUUUCUUCAGCUGAAACCACUGUUGUUUUGGAUGAAACAUUGAAGACCAGACAGUUCUGUGCUUUUUUGAAGUUUCAUCUGGUAAUCCAACCUGCUUAUGUGAGAAGCUCUGCUUCCUUUAUUCAUACUGCUCGCACUGGAGACAAGAAAACAGGCUGUAAGCAGUAGCAAGAUGCCCCAUCUCUCUGCUGUGUGAAGUGUGCUAUAAACUGAGGAGAUCUUGCAUCUUUGUGUGGAAACUGUCCAGCAUUUUCUGUCCAAUAACUACAACUAAUUUUUCUCUUUUCUUUGUAGUAAAAAUGGGCAUGGGUUUCUGAGGAAAAGCACAUCUGAUACAAAAAAACUGAACUGCAUCUAUUUUCACUUCUUUAGAUCUGAGUCUUUUUUCAAUCUUUUUUUUUCUUUUUGUAGUGCUUGACUUUGACAAAGAAAUCUUCUGUUCCAUUGACAUUUACAAGCAAAAUCAGUGUUUCAGUGCAUCAGAAGUGUGCUUUUUUGAAGAGCUGAUUUUUAUUUCCUUCAGUGAAUAACUUGCUGAAGAUACGGAGAUACGCAUCCAUGUCUCAACGUCGGCUUUUAAAGGAUGGACAUGAAAGUCACUUUAGGAUCCUACCAAGAUUCAGCCAAAUCCUUCACAGUAGAAGGCACUCGCGAAAUCACACACGCCAAAUAUGCUCUGAUGAAAUCAUGCAUCAGGAUAUCAUCCCCCUCUAUGCAGCAGAUAUUCACGACCAGUUAAAGAAACAAUUUGCUUAUCUGUCAGGUGGAAGAGGGGGAGAUGGAUGCCCUGUUAUCACCUUUCCAGACUACCCAGCUUUCAGUGAGAUCCCUGAGAAGGAGUUCCAGAAUGUCCUGACCUACCUGACCAGCAUCCCGAGUUUACGAGAUGCUGGAAUCGGGUUUAUCCUUGUCAUAGACCGCAGACAGGACAAAUGGACUUCUGUGAAAGCUUCCAUACUGCGGAUAGCAGCAUCUUUCCCAGGGAACUUGCAACUCGUCCUUGUUCUGCGCCCAACAGGACUUUUUCAUCGAGCUCUCUCAGACAUUGCUUUCAAGUUCAACAAAGAUGAGUUUAAAAUGAAAGUACCUAUCAUAAUGCUGGGCUCAGUAUCAGAACUGCAGGGUUACAUUGAUAAAACACAAUUAACAGAAGAUCUUGGUGGCACCCUGGAUUACUGCCAUAACAGAUGGCUAUCCCGUCGCACUGCUAUAGAAGGUUUUGCCCAAAAGGUUAAGCAAACAGCUCAGAUUCUUCAGUCCUUUGGGACUGAACUGGCUGAAACAGAGCUACCAAAUGAUGUGCAGUCAACCAGCUCCCUUCUUGCAACGCAUACGGAAAAGAAGGACAAAAUGAAGGAAGAUAUAAGGUUAGCAGUAGAACAGGGAGACGAUAUCCUUGGAAGUAUUACAAAGCCAGUUACUGAGAACCCUGAAUACAAACUGAAUCAAGACCAACUAGACAAUCAAACUACAGUAGAAAGGCUUUUGGCUCAGUUACAUGAAACAGAGUCCGCCUUUGAUGAGUUUUGGAUUAAGCACCAGCAAAAACUUGAGCAGUGUCUGCACCUUCGGAAUUUUGAACAGAAUUUUAGAGAGGUUAAAGCAGCUUUGGAUAUUGUGUCCGAGAGACUGUCUGCUUUCACAGAUGUGGGAAACAGCUGCUCACAUGUGGAGCACAUUUUGAAAGAUCUCGUCAACUUUGAAGAAAAAUCCCGUGAAACUGUAGCAAAAGCCAGAAUGCUAGCUUCAGAGGGUGACGCUUUUAUUCAGAGCAAUCAUUAUGCUGUGGACUCCAUUAUUCCAAAAUGCAGCGAACUUCAUCAUCUCUGUGAUGCCUUCACUACUGAGAUGGAACAGAAGAGGAAUGUUCUUAAUAAAUCUCUAGAACUGCAUGGCUUACUGGAAAAGUCUAUGAAGUGGUGCGAUGAAGGAAUUUAUCUUCUGGCUUCACAGCCUGUAGAUAAGUGUCAGUCUCAGGAUGGUGCAGAAUCAGCGUUACUGGAGAUUGAGAAAUUCCUAGACACUGGUGCAGGCAAUAAAAUCAAGGAGUUGAAAAAAGUUUACAGAGAGUAUGCACACAUCCUCAAUGAGGACCUAAAGGAGCAUAUACAAAAGGUUUUCCAGAAGCAAGAAAGCAUGGAAGAAAUGUUUCAAAAGAGACAAGUAAGUCUUAAGAAAUUGGCAGCUAAGCAAACACGUCCUGUUCAGCCAGUUGCACCUAGACCCGAAGCCUUUGUAAAAUCUCCUUGUACCUCUCCAGGUCUUCAAAGAGAUUGUGUAUCCAACACAGAAAGCGGUGUGCUUCGGAAAGUAAACUACAGAAGAGGAAAGACUGAAACGAGUGAACUCCAUCAAAGCAGAGGAGGAUCUACAAUGGAUGAUGAAGAAAACCUAGCUGUGUUACGGCAGCAUGUAAUGAAUGAACUUAUUGAAACUGAACGAGCAUAUGUGGAAGAACUUCUCUGUGUUCUCGAGGGGUAUGCUGCAGAGAUGGACAACCCCUUAAUGGCUCACCUCAUUUCACCAGAGCUCCAAAACAAGAAGGAUAUUUUGUUUGGGAAUAUGGAAGAAAUUUAUCACUUUCACAACAGGAUAUUCUUGAGGGAACUAGAAAAUUACGUGGAAUACCCAGAACUGGUAGGACGGUGCUUUCUGGAUCAGAUGGAAGAUUUCCAGAUUUAUGAGAAAUACUGUCAAAACAAACCUCGAUCUGAAAGUUUGUGGAGGCAAUUUUCAGAUUCCGUAUUCUUUCAGGAAUGUCAAAGGAAACUUGAUCACAAGCUCAGUUUGGACUCAUACUUGCUGAAGCCAGUUCAAAGAAUAACCAAAUACCAAUUAUUGCUAAAGGAAAUGCUGAAGUACAGUAAGAACUGUGAAGGUGCUGAAGACCUCCAGGAGGCAUUAAAUUCUAUACUGGGUAUUCUCAAAGCAGUCAAUGAUUCUAUGCACCAGAUAGCCAUCACAGGCUAUGAUGGAAACCUGAAUGAGCUGGGCAAGCUUCUAAUGCAGGGAUCCUUCAACGUCUGGACUGAUCAUAAAAAGGGUCACUCAAAGGUGAAAGAUCUGGCACGCUUCAAGCCAAUGCAGCGGCACCUGUUCCUCCACGAGAAAGCAGUGCUGUUCUGUAAAAAGCGAGAAGAAAACGGAGAGGGAUAUGAGAAGGCACCUUCGUAUAGCUAUAAACACUCCUUAAAUAUGGCAGCAGUUGGAAUAACAGAAAAUGUCAAAGGUGAUGCAAAAAAAUUUGAAAUCUGGUAUAAUGCAAGGGAAGAAGUUUACAUCAUACAGGCACCAACUCCUGAAGUUAAAGCUACUUGGGUAAAUGAAAUCAGAAAAGUGCUGACUAGUCAACUGCAGGCAUGCAGAGAAGCCAGUCAGCAUAGGACACUUGAACACACUCAGAGUUUACCUCUACCAGCAUCAUCUUGUACAAGUCCUUCAAGGAACAACAUCAGAAACAUGAAAAAAAUGGAUGAGAGAAAAGCUGAUCUCACAGGUCUGGAAGGUUAUGUCACCACAGUAGCAUCAAAGUACCCUGAGAAAGGCAAAGGUUGGGCUAAAACAUCUCAUUCUCUUGAUGCAUCUGAAGAAAAUGAUGGCUGGUCCAGUGCUGAGGAGCCGCUGAAUUCAUCGGAUGCAGAAGAAGAAGCAGGAGGAGGUGGAGGGGGAAAUGAGAUGAAGCUGAUUCCUGGUAAAUACACGGUUGUGACUGAUUAUGAGAAAGGAGUUUCUGAAGAAUUUGCAGUGAAAAGUGGAGAUCUGGUUCAACUGAUUCGUGAAGGGGAGGAUGGACUUUGGUAUGUGAAGAAUCUGACCACUGGUAGAGAAGGCUGGAUCCCAGCAAACAAUCUGCUGAUGCUCAUAGGCAAUUCAAAAUCAGCUCAAUCCUUGAGCAGCUCUGAAUCAGGCACUGCUUCCAGCACUUUGAGCACGUCGUCAAGUUGCAGUGAUAGCUGCAAUGCCAGCAGCACCAGCUUCUCAGACAUUAAGGGCUAACAUCAUAUUUUCACCCCACCUCCACGGCAAGUGAAUCUGGAGUUUGAGCCCAAUAGCCAAAACUCAAGAUGGCCAUCAGAGAACUACCUGUUCUGAAUUGCUAGUUUUCAGUGUUUUCUCUGAUUUUUCAUAGAUUCUCACAGAAGAAGAUCCUGGUGAAAAGUGCAUGGAAUGUAAAGUUGUAAAUAAAAACUAAAUGGUUUGAAAUAGGGUAUUGUAGAAGCUUCUCCUCUGAAGUUUGAAGCUGCAGAGGUGUUGGCGUGAAACACAUUUUCCCACUGAUAUACAAUCAGGUUUCUGCAGAACUGUAUCAUUUCAUAACAUCCAGAAUCUGUGAGCAAACAGUGUGUUCAGUGCUAAAUCCUUGCUGUAAGAUAAUAACGUAGCAAUCACUGUACAGGAUAGAUAUGAGGAGAAUAAAUCAGAGUUUACAGUUUCUCCUCUCCAAAAUAGCUGUUCUCUCCAGAUGUACCUCAAUCAGUGCACUCAACUCCUAUAGCCACCAGGAAAUAAGCUUGGUGAGCCACUUCUCUGGGGUCCUCAGGAUACUCUUCUGCACCUUGGAGAUGGAUGCAGAAAUGACUGAUCCACUGACCAUAACAGCAUCAGAAGAGGAAAUCAAUUUAUCUUUUCCAACCUUUUGAUAAUUCAUGCAAUGGGAUAGCUGUUGUUUGAAAUAUUUUGGCCUCACAACCCAUGUCUUCACCAAGAUCUGUGUUUACAUAGCCUUGGCAAUUUAGUAGUAUCUUCUUCCUUACACAGAUGCACAAUGAAACACAAACAUUCUUAUUCACUAGAUCAUUUCUUAGUAAACUAAUUGCAUGGCUACCUUCAGCUCUAACAGCAUGCAGUUAUAGGCAAAGAAAACUGUGGUGAGUUCACUAUGGGCCAAAAGCACAUCUUCAGGCAUACCUAAAAGGGUGAGAAACCAGAUACUUUUAGUCAAAGGUGUUUGUUACAGACUUAUUCAAAGAGACAGAGAUGACAGUUUUUUAUAAAGUGGAACAUGGCUGAAAAACAAUCUUUAUUAGUGUCAGACUUGUCCUGUAGAGGAAUAUAAAUUUCUUAAAGGGAAGAUAGUGCUAAACUUUCUAUUUUUCAAGGUGUCAUGUAAGCCAAUGUUAGGAAUUUUCACCUUGUUUUUUCACCUUUGCGCUUUGUCCUUACAAACAGUACAGAAUUGUGUGCAUGUUCAAUAUGUAUUCAUUCCCCUGUGCCUUUCAAAUGUUCUUACUUAUGAAAGUAGGCUUUUACCUGAUUUGUAUACCAUAUUACUUAAAAGUAUUGUGGACUUUGUGAGCAAAAUUUUUCAAUGUCAAUUGAAACUACUAUUAAUUAUUGGACCCUCUCUCUGAUGGUUGAGCCCAGAAGUGUAUCUUUGUGCUGGAAAUUCAGAUACUAGAGCCUAUAGCUUAGGAAACUGAAGGAGAAGGAUUCUAAAUAAUGAUCUUGGUCCUGAGCUGCAAAAGCUACCCUACCCAAACACAAUCAAAGAGCAGCUGACUGUGGUCAGUACAAACUGAAACACAUGUAUACUCACACAUCUAUGCACGUAUGUAUGUGCAUGUAUGUGCCUGCGUAUGCAUGUGUGUGUAGAUAUGUAAAUGUGUAGAUAUUCUGUAUCAAUGUAAAGGAUGUAUUUAUAGUCUUCUUGCUGCUGAAUGUGUCACUUUACAAUUCAUACAUACUUAAGUUUCUGGCAGUACUGCCGUAUAAAUGCAGAUCAGGGUUUUUCUUCAGACAUCUUUUUCAACACAGACAUCCUCUGGUCUUCUUUUAAUUAUCCUGUAUGAUACUGUGCUGAUAAGGAAUAGUUAAGCUGAUAUUUAACAAUGAGAUGGCAGCAUGAAAUUCAGCUUACCUUCGUCUUUGUAAGUUAUUAUGUAAAUUCUGUAACAUAAUUUACCUAUGUAUUGCUGUCAUUGUUCAGAUAAGACUGUCAUUUCUCACUGCAGCUCAUUUGCGUUAUUUCAAUGGUUUUCUCUACAUCAUGGCACUUUAAUAGAACCCAUUUCCUUUUUGUAUUUUUUUUUUUUAACUGCUGUUGUGAUUUAGAAGUUCAAAGUCAGAGGUCUUUAUUGUAACUAUGAAAAUUUGAAUAAAUGUCAGCACUUCUUGCUGAAUGCCUUUAUAUAGA